GCUGGUUUGCGUUGACGUAGUCAGUUUCACAGUUCACACAGAAGAACUCGGCUGAUUUUAGGAGUGAACACCGGGGUUGAUACUGCUAGAGAAUGGUGGCCCUCCGCAGGGACACGUGAGACAGUCGAAUUCAGGACGGUUGAAAUCGAUGCUGCUCCGCUUCAGACGGUCCAGAUGACAGACCUACCGGCCGGCCAGAUGAACGCUUUUCCGCCGAGGCUCUGAACGUCUUCAGCUGCUAUCCGGUUACAUUUUUGUGGGACGGACGUGAGAAAGCCCCCGAGACGGACAUUCACACGCCAAGAGGAAGUCUUGAAAGACCGCAGGCUCUUAAAGAGGCCUCAGCACUUAACAGCCACGGAAAACCAUCGAAAAAUCGCUGCUUUUGUCGCAUCUCUGUGGAUUAAUCGUGUGGCAUUUUUCAAACGGGCACCUCCCUACAACCGAAGUAAAAGCGCUGCAAAUCGAGCUUUGACCUUUUCGUCUAGUACUGAAAGUUUUCAGUACUGUCAUUUAAUCAGCUGAACAGUGGCCCGUAUCGGCUGGAAAUACAUUUAAUAACACUGACUUUAUGCCCAGCAGCGUGAUAUCUUUAAACACGUGUUCUGCUCACUUCUAACUUUGACAUUCCCAAGAAGAAAUCAUAAAGAAAAAACCCAUUCAUUUCCCCCAUUGACCUACCCAUAUAAAACUUUUUUUUUUCUUUUGGAGGGAAGUAGCCAUUUAUGAACAGUUUGCAAAAUGGGGAAGAUGCUGUCAAAGAUAUUUGGCAACAAGGAGAUGAGAAUAUUGAUGCUCGGUCUGGAUGCCGCAGGGAAAACCACCAUCCUCUAUAAGUUGAAACUCGGCCAGUCCGUGACCACCAUCCCGACUGUCGGUUUCAACGUGGAGACGGUCACCUACAAAAACGUCAAGUUCAACGUGUGGGAUGUGGGCGGACAAGAUAAAAUCCGUCCCCUCUGGCGACAUUACUACACAGGCACACAGGGGUUAAUUUUUGUGGUGGAUUGUGCUGAUAGAGAUCGCAUAGACGAGGCCAGGCAGGAACUCCACCGCAUCAUCAACGACCGGGAGAUGCGGGACGCCAUCAUUUUGAUUUUCGCCAACAAGCAAGACCUGCCGGACGCCAUGAAGCCGCACGAGAUCCAGGAGAAGCUGGGACUGACGCGCAUCCGAGAUAGGAAUUGGUACGUGCAGCCCUCAUGUGCGACCACCGGAGAUGGACUGUACGAAGGCUUAACUUGGUUAACGUCUAACUACAAGUCUUAAUGAUACUGGCACUGACUGUUUAGGACAAAUAAACUCAAUAUGGGGAAAAUCAGAUGACAUCACCCAAUAUUUGUGCUGUUUUGAUUUAGAGUUAACAUUUAUUUUUGGUUAGUUUUCAAAUGACCCUUUUUUGAAAUAACGUAAUGGGUUUGGCUUGCUUUUAGUUUCCCGUCUACUGUGACACAGCCGUGUCACACACACCUCGGACUGUUGCUUAACAUGAUAAAGCAUUCCUGAAUGAAGAUUAUCUAUUUUUUUGUUUGAUUGUAGGUUUUCUAUAUUUGUUGUCUCUUCUACAGCUUCUUUCUUUGAGAUUUCAGAGUCAAAAAAUGAAGUUUUUUCUCCAGCAAACAGUCCAAUAGUGUGUUAAAGGCAUUUUAUACCAAGUAUCAAAACUGUCCAGGCAUCCACUGUAGCAAAGCACUGUUUUGCUGAGGAGGUUGUAGCAUACUAAUCGUAGGUAGCUAAUGUGGUGUAACAGGUUUUAAACUGUGCCAUAGUUAUGAUAUCACUGACAUCCAAUGAUAAUCAACAUGUAAAUGAAUCCAUGGAACAUUUUAUGCAAGAGUAUUUGUGGAAGGCGGGCUUACUACCACAGACAUAACUUAUAUUCAAACAGCAUAAUCGAAACGGGGGAUGUCUUGUGCUCUCGAAAGCUUGAAAAAUCCACUGAAAGUUUUUUGUCUGCAUUGCAGUGUAGCCCAAAACAAGUUCAAUGUUAAAGAUACUUCAUUUAUUUUAAAACAUCGAUCGAGGGUUUCCUUUUGUAGCCCUAACACCAUUAAGGCUAAUUGCAUUGACUUGCACUCAUAUGUCUCUAAAAUGUGGGAUUGUUACAUUCUUGCAUUUCAAGUGUAGUGCUUGCGGUAGAGUGGACUGAAGUUUUGAUUUUAGAGAGAAAUGUUUCAUUCUAUUCAUUUCCUCUCUUUGCUUUAAUCAUUUUGAGAAACAUGUACAGAAAACAGCUAUGUAAUUGCAACUUCAAAUUAAACUUAGUCAUUUUAA